AUGGAGUUCCGCUGGGCGGCGGAAGGCAAAACAGAAGAGCUACGGCAGUGGCUGCGCAAGCACCCCGAGCGGGUGAAUGUGCCAUCGAAAGACUCCAACAUGACGCUGCUCUACACGUGUAUCUCGAACAGCGACCACACCAACUUGGCGUCUCUCCAAGCAGGGUGGUCCUGCUGUCUCAGCACGGUUCGGAUGCUGUGCGAGGAGUACAAGGCGGAUGUACUGGCCCCGAACGGCGGCACCUGCAACACAGCCCUCCACCUUGCUGCCUCAACCGGCGCGGUCAGCAUUCUGCGCUACCUGGUCGAGGUGCUGCGCACACCCGUAGACUGCACCAACACGUUUGGUGAGCGGCCGGUGCAGGUGGCAGAGCGCCACGGGCAAACUGAGUGCGCCAGAAUUUUGGCAGCUGCUGCCGCCACGGCAGCCUCAGCGCAGAGCCGAGAGCGAGCGGCGGAGCGUUGCAUGCCGGUGCAACAGACACCGCCGGGUGGGCCACACGACGCUGCCGCCGGCGCCCUUGAAGGCGGGAGUGGGCGAUUCCAGAAGGUGACGGUUUCGGACAGCGACGAUGACGACGCGUGGAGGAAAACCAGCAACGGUGGAGCGGGCGCGGCACUCAGCCAAGGCGGAUUGGGCCGCGAGCGGUCCACUGACGGCGCCGGUCCGCCUUCGUUGUCCACACAGGCUAUGCAACGCGGCGGCAGCAGCAACGGUGCCACAGCGCCCUUCAUUUCCUUAGAUGGCAGAUCUGUCUCUGCAGUGGUCGGCGAGGCGCGUCCGCCACCGCCCAGUCGCAACCCCAACGAGGCAAGCGCCGGCAACGCGCCAGGCAGCGUCGGUGUACCGUUCAUGCGCGCCUCAUCCGACUGCUCUGCUUUUUCAACGCUGCCGACGCCCGUGCGGUCGCGCAAGGAGUACGACAUCUCCAGCUCUCGCAUCUUGGCCAACCCGGACCUGCAGGGGUUCCGCUUCGCCUACGGCGACGGCUUCAAGUACAUCCAGUGCAGCGACCACUACGAGAUUCGAGGCAUCCUGCCCUACACCUACCGCGGCACCGUGUACUACACCCCUGUGAUUAUUUCCGUCUACGCACCUACCUCGGCAACAGACUCGUCCGAGAACCCGACGGGCGGCGGCCCGGCCGGGGGCAGCGGCGCUGCCGAUGCCGCUCUCAGCAACCGUGACAGGCCGUUUCCGUUCAUGGGGCCUGCAGGCGCACGCGCGUCGAAGGCGGUAUCUCCUGCAUCCAACACGACAGCGAAGACAUACGUGUACUGCCGCUACCGUGUGUGCAUCAACAUACAGAGCCUCAACGGCUUUGCUAUUAGUCGCCGGGCCGAGUACGUCGACCCGAUCAGCGGCGCCAUCAUCCCGGCACCGGGGGAUGACAAGUACCAGACGCUGACCACGUACAUCCGCAACGUGGUCGUGCGUAACUUCGAGGCCGUGCCGCCGCUCAUUCUGCCGACAAGCAGCUACGCCUUCCCCGCGCGGCCCAACGUCAGCCAGCUAGGCAGCAGCGGCAGCGCUGACGUCUACCACCACCACCACUCUCACAACGCACCAGCGUUCAUGAAGAGCGCGCUGCCCAAGCGCUCUGCAGCCCACAUCCGCUGUGCCACUCUUCUCCGUGAUCUCUCGCGGUUUGGUGACGGACUUGCACGGUACGUUCCGUCGAAGCACCGCAUCAUCGCCUACGUGCCCAUCUUCAGCGAGCACAAGGCGGCGGUGCUCGCGAUGCCACAGGAGCGGCCUUACGCCACCACGGUUGGGCAAAGCCCGCAACCUGCCGUCGCCAACGCUGCCGCUGCCGGUGCGACGACUUUCUCAGCGGAAAGUGUGGCUCCCGUCGCUGGAGGCAAGGCUGGGGUGACGCAGCAGGUGGCUGUAGAGGCGGUGGCGGAGCUGCAGGUGCGCGUGGUUAUUCAGUUCUCCCCGACCCGUAUCGGUGGCGCCGCGGGCGAGGGCGACGCUGCGACAGACGGCGAGGCUUGCGUCUACGCCCAGCCGCCGCGCAUUUACCUCGUCGAUGCGGCGGCCAGCCCAUCGACGAUCCUGCGCGACGGUGCGGCGCCCGCCACCGCCGGUGCUGCUGGGGCACCUCUAUUCUCGUCCGCGCCCUCAUCCCUAACUGCGCAGUGCUUCGCCGGCAUCAUCAAAGACAGGGAGACGGGAGAGGUGUUCGCAGAGGUCCUCCGCCUCUCGCAGGAUUCGUGGAGCGCCAGCGGAUCGGUGUACGACAUUCUUGUGGAGCUGCAGCGUGCCCUACGAGGUGUGUUGGAGUCCUUUGCCAUGAGCUACACGGGCAGGAACGCCGGUUCGCCGCCGGCGAGGCAGGAGCAGCCGUCUUCGGGCUCCGUUGAUUGCAUGGCCGACUCGCCCCGCGGUGCACCGGUGGUGCCGUCGACACUGGAUAUCCUUUUCUCAUCACCGACGACACAAGCCCAGCUGAGCCCGAGCGGGGCGAGUGGCGACGUCAGCGGUGCCGUUCAGAGAAGCAGCGCCGGGUACUGCCUCUACUGCGUCCAGCCGCUGCAUCCAUCCCGCGUGCUGCUGCAGCCAUGCGGGCACGGCGGACUUUGUGGGUUGUGCGUGCAGCGGCUGCAGAGUCACUGCAGAGAGGAGGUGUUCGCCUGCCCCGUGUGCCGCGGCGCCGUCCAGAAUGUGCUGGAGGUCUUUCUAUAA